CUGCAGUUGUUUCGGGGGGCGGAUUAGCUGGUUGGAGAUGCUCGGGCGCCGGGAGGCGAGGGGUCGGGUCGAAGGUUAGCGAACCGAAGGCAGUUAGGCGCUGGGGCGCCGCGGCAGUCAGGAUCAUGGCCCCGAGCCAGCGCUGGGCAGAAUGGUUCCUGAGCCCGCGGGUAUCCCCCGCCGGGGUGUUCGGUGUGGCCUUCCUUGCCCGAGUCGCCCUGGUUUUCUACGGGGUCUUCCACGACCGGACCCUGCUCGUGAGGUACACAGACAUCGACUACCAAGUCUUCACGGACGCCGCGCGUUUCGUCACGGAGGGGCGCUCCCCUUAUCUGAGGGCGACCUACCGUUACACCCCCCUGCUGGGGUGGCUCCUCACGCCCAACAUCUACCUCUGUGAACUCUUCGGCAAGUUGCUCUUCAUCAGCUGCGACCUCCUCACGGCUUUCCUCUCCUACCGCCUGCUGCUGCUCAAGGGGCUGGGUCGCCGCCAGGCUUGCGGUUACUGUGUCUUUUGGCUUCUCAACCCCCUCCCCAUGGCGGUGUCCAGCCGAGGCAACGCGGACUCGAUCGUCGCCUCGCUGGUGCUCAUGGCCCUGUACCUGAUAGAGAAAAGACGCGUCGCGUGCGGCGCUGUGUUCUACGGGCUGGCGGUGCAUAUGAAGAUGUACCCGGUGACCUAUGUCCUCCCCAUCGCCCUCCACCUGCUGCCGGGACGCGGCGAGGACGGCGGCCUCUGCCCACCCCGGUGUUCCCUCCGGGCUCGCUGUUACGAAUUCCUGCAGCGGCUGUGCCAUCGGGCUGUGCUGCUCUUUGUCGCCGUUGCUGGGCUCACGUUUUUGGCCCUGAGCCUCGGUUUUUACUAUAAGUACGGCUGGGAGUUUUUGGAGCACACCUACCUGUACCACCUGACCCGGCGGGAUAUCCGCCACAACUUCUCGCCCUACUUCUACAUGCUGUAUUUGACCGCAGAGAGCAGCUGGAGCUCCUCCCUGGGGGUCGCGGCGUUCCUACCACAGCUCAUCUUGCUUUCAGCAGUCUCGCUCGCCUACUACAGGGACCUUCCCUUUUGUUGUUUUCUUCAUACGGCCAUUUUUGUGACUUUUAACAAAGUCUGCACCUCCCAGUAUUUUCUGUGGUACCUCUGCCUACUGCCCCUCGUGAUGCCCCUAGUGAGAAUGCCUUGGAAAAGAGCCGCCGUUCUCUUAAUGCUGUGGUUUAUAGGGCAGGCCUUAUGGCUGGCACCUGCCUAUGUUCUUGAAUUUCAAGGAAAGAACACCUUUUUGUUUAUCUGGUUAGCUGGUUUGUUCUUCCUUCUUAUCAACUGUUCCAUCCUAAUUCAAAUUAUUUCCCAUUACAAGGAGGAACCCCAGACAGAGAGACUCAAAUAUGACUAGUAUAUGCUCCAGUUCUUCUGCCACUUCUAUUACAUUCUGAUUGUUCUGAAUGGACCAGAAGAGAGCUUUGGAAAAAUUUUGAACAUCCUAAGCACUCUAGUGAAAGUUCAGUUUUGGAGCAUAACACCUUGUUCCAUCAACUUUAAAUGAAUGUUUGCCUUAUGCAUAAAGGGGACUCAGUAAUUGGGAUCCACCCUUUAGGAAAUGGAAGGGCUGUUUGAAAAUCGAAGGGCUAAUGAAACUGUUGGAUGUUAAAAGGUUUUUGUAGAAAAAUACAGGAAUAUGGUCAGAGAUGUAAGGUCUAAGACAGUAUUUGUUCCAGUUAUAAGACUGUCUGAAGCAGUCUUAUUUUUUAACUCCCACUUUUUCUUUCUAAAGCUUUCCUGAUAGUUGUGAAAAUUCACAGAAUGUGCCUCAAGUACAGCUUUUAGAUAUGAAGUGUUAAAUAAUACUACUGUGUUCAGGUUGGCAAAGUUAAUUCUGUAUUAAAAGUGGAGGCGUAGAAGAUAAAGAAUCCAAAAAAUUUAAAUUGUAAUCCUGUUUCAUGUAUUUGUUUUGUAACUUAGUUUUUCAGCACUUAGUCCCAGUGGUGUUAGAGUACCAUUUGGUUUUAUACCAAAGGGAUUAAAUUUCAAUUUAUCCAGUUUAAACUUGAAUUAUUACAUAUCUUAAAAUAGCACCUUGCUUUUGAUGUUUGAGGUCUGCAAACUACUAGGAGAUAAGGACAUUUCAGUGUUCUCUUGUACCCCUUUGUUUGUAAUUUUCUGAUUGUUCAAAAGUAUUUUUCAUCUACAAUUUAAGUUAAAGUGUUAUCUCGUAAAAAUGAAUAUUAGUAGAUUGCCGUCUCUCGGCCUGCCAGGAUUGGUGCAACGCAAUGAAACUACAAGCACACGCUGCUUGGAAUGAGGGGG